AUGGCUGAGGCUGCCGGCUCCCCGCGCCGCCCCGCCGCGGGCAGGUGCGGAGGGAACGGUGCGGGAGCGGCGAGAGCCCGCUGGCGGCUGCUCGGACAGGUUCUGAAGAAAAAGCACUUGAAAGAUGUGCAUCUCCAACAAGUGUCUGUGAGAAGAUUCACGUCGUUCAAUCUCUUUUCAGUAGAUGGCCAGAAUACUGAAGAGGAAACUGGGAUCUGGGUUCAGUAUAAAAGCAUCUUUUAUCCUGAGUAUAGUGUGUCCAUAAGGUUGCACAACGGACUCCUAAAUGUUAAAGAUGUUCUUACAAGCUUUGACAACACAGGAAAUGUCUGUCUUUGGCCAUCCGAAGAAGUACUGGCUUACUACUGCCUAAAGCACAGGGAAAUAUUCAGGGACCUUGCUGUGUGUGAGCUAGGGGGUGGCAUGACAUGCUUGGCUGGGCUCAUGGUUGCUAUUUCUGCAGAUGUCAAAGAAGUUCUGUUAACUGAUGGAAAUGAAAAGGCCAUCAAAAAUGUAAGUGACAUCGUCACAAGAAAUGUAAUUGCAGGAGUAUUUAAGACUCAGAAAGUGUCAAGCUGCAUUUUACGAUGGGAUAAUGAGACAGAUGUCUCUCAACUGGAAGGACAUUUUGACAUUGUUAUGUGUGCUGACUGCCUGUUUCUGGACCAGUACAGAGCUAGCCUUGUUGAUGCAAUAAAGAGAUUACUCCAACCCAGUGGAAAAGCAAUGGUAUUUGCUCCACACAGAGGGAAUACUUUAAACCAGUUUUGCAAUCUAGCUGAAAAAGCUGGUUUCUCUAUCCAAAGACAUGAAAAUUAUGAUGAACACAUUUCGAACUUCCACUCCAAGUUGAAAAAUGAAGAAAAAGACACAUAUGAUGAAAACCUCCAUUACCCUCUUCUUCUUGUUUUAACAAAACACGGAUAGAAGAUGGCACUUUUUUGUUGUUAUUUUAACAUGGACAGCUGAAAAUUAACCCAUGUACGUGGAUAGUCAGGAAAUGGAAGGUUCUGUCCCCCCCUUUUAUUCUUGAGUCGUCAUCAGAGAAAUGCUUUAAUGUAAGUGCUGAGGAAGAUAUCUGGUUUGUUUCACAGUGCGUAAACAUUGUGACUUUAUUUUGAUAUCAUUUUAGAAUGUAUUUUUCCAAUUAUUUUUCAGCCUAAACACCAUCAGACAUAAAAUGCAUACACUAUCCAAGGUGUGAAAGCUUGCUUCCUUCUCUUUUGUGCCUUUAAACUUGUAUGUAUUUUGUUAACCUCUUUAAAUGUUAUUUUGAGGCCAUAUUUGAAAAUACAUGAAUAAUACACAUUGUGGUUUUGCACAA